AUCCCCCCACCCCCCGCACUUUUCCAUUAACCACCUUUCUCCGUUGUUUCCUAUUUUCUCUUUCAAUCAACUCUUUAACCCAUCUGCAGUUACUCUCUUUCUUUCUUUUUGACCAAACUCCAGUUCAGCUAGAGACUCUUUUCUUUGAUUAACAGUGAUUUCUUUUACCAACCCCAGUUCUUGAAAUCUUUUCUUUGAUUAAUUCAAUUGCUGGUUCAAGAUUUUUACUAGUGUUUAGAUCGGAGCUAGUUCCUUUGUGUAUGUGUUGAUGGCUGAGAGUAGGCGUUAUGGUCUUAAUGCUCAACUAGAUAUUGAUCAGAUACUUUUAGAAGCACAACAUAGAUGGCUACGCCCUGCUGAAAUUUGCGAAAUUCUUAAAAACUAUCAGAAGUUCCGGAUUGCUCCAGAGCCUCCAAAUAGGCCUCCAAGUGGUUCACUGUUUCUUUUUGAUCGGAAGGUUUUGCGGUAUUUUCGUAAAGAUGGCCAUAGCUGGAGAAAGAAAAAAGAUGGGAAGACUGUGAAGGAGGCUCACGAGAGGCUCAAGGCUGGAAGCAUUGAUGUAUUGCACUGCUACUACGCCCAUGGAGAAGAGAAUGAGAAUUUCCAAAGACGCAGCUAUUGGAUGCUCGAAGAGGAAAUGUCACAUAUUGUUCUUGUCCACUACAGGGAAGUAAAGGGUAACAGGACAAAUUUUAGCCGUACCAGAGAACCUCAAGAAGCUACUCCUCGUUUUCAAGAAACUGAUGAAGAUGUACACAGCUCUGAGGUGGACAGUUCUGCUUCUACAAAAUUUUAUCCAAAUGAUUACCAAGUGAACUCACAAGUCACCGACACGACCAGCCUUAGCAGUGCGCAGGCCUCAGAAUAUGAGGAUGCUGAAUCAGCGUACAAUCAACAUCCAACUUCUGGAUUUCACUCAUUCCUUGAUGCUCAGCCAAGUAUGAUGCAGAAAGCUGGAGAGGGCCUUCCUGUACCUUAUCAUCCGAUUCCCUUCUCAACAGAUGAUCAUCAAGUACAGUUUGCAGGAAGUUCUGAUAUGGAUUUCUUCUCAAGCGCACCAGGAAAUAAGAGUGGAAACACAGCAAAUACAUAUAUACCCAGCAGGAACCUUGACUUCCCAUCAUGGGAGACAAUUUCAGUUAAUAAUCCUGCUGCAUAUCAGUCUUACCAUUUUCAGCCUUCUAGCCACUCAGGUGCAAAUAAUAUGACACAUGAACAAGGAAACACUACAACAGGUCAAGUAUUCUUAAAUGACUUCAAAAAACAGGAACGUCAGAACCGCAUCGACGGCCUGGGAGACUGGCAGACUUCUGAAGGUGAUGCUGCAUUUUUAUCCAAGUGGUCCAUGGAUCAGAAGUUGAAUCCGGAUCUGGCAUCUGAUCAUACCAUCAGGUCUAGUGCUGCAUAUAAUGUAGAACUUCACAAUUCCUUGGAGGCUUCCCAUAUACUUCCUUCCCACCAAGAUAAACAUCCAAUGCAGAAUGAACUUCCAUCACAACUUUCAGAUGCAAAUGUUGGAGGCUCUCUAAAUGCUGAAUUAGAUCACAAUCUAAGUAUAGGAGUCAGAACCGAUCAUUCAUCUUUAAAACAACCUUUGUUAGAUGGCGUCUUGAGAGAAGGUUUAAAGAAGCUCGAUAGCUUUGACCGGUGGAUGAGUAAGGAACUUGAAGAUGUAAGUGAGCCACAUAUGCAAUCCAAUUCUAGUUCCUAUUGGGAUAAUGUCGGAGAUGACGAUGGAGUUGAUAAUUCCACAAUUGCUUCGCAAGUGCAGUUAGACACCUACAUGCUAAGUCCUUCACUCUCCCAAGAUCAGUUCUUUAGCAUUAUUGAUUUCUCACCAAGCUGGGCAUUUGCUGGGUCAGAAAUUAAGGUUCUCAUCACUGGGAAGUUUUUGAAAUCCCAGCCAGAAGUGGAGAAGUGGGCAUGCAUGUUUGGUGAGUUGGAAGUUCCAGCAGAAGUAAUAGCUGAUGGUGUUCUACGCUGCCAUACACCUAAUCAAAAGGCGGGAAGGGUUCCAUUUUAUAUAACAUGUUCCAAUAGGUUGGCAUGUAGUGAAGUAAGAGAAUUUGAAUUUCGGGUCAGUGAGGGUCAAGAUGUUGAUGUUGCAAAUAGUUGCAGCUCCAGUGAAAGUCUUCUUCAUAUGAGAUUCGGAAAAUUAUUAUCUUUGGAAUCCACUGUAUCCCUGAGUUCUCCACCUCACAGCGAGGAUGAUGUUUCCCAUGUGUACUGUAAAAUCAAUUCAUUGCUAAAAGAGGAUGACGAUGAAUGGGAAGAAAUGUUGAACCUUACUUAUGAGAAUAACUUUAUGGCAGAGAAGGUAAAAGACCAGCUCCUACAAAAGCUUCUAAAAGAGAAGUUGCGUGUUUGGCUCCUCCAAAAGGUUGCUGAAGGCGGGAAAGGCCCUAGCAUACUGGACGAGGGUGGUCAAGGAGUCCUACAUUUUGCAGCAGCUCUUGGUUAUGACUGGGCUAUACCGCCUACUAUAGCUGCAGGUGUAAGCGUCAAUUUCCGAGAUGUGAAUGGAUGGACUGCACUCCAUUGGGCAGCAUCAUAUGGAAGAGAGCGGACAGUGGGUUUCCUCAUCUCCUUAGGUGCAGCUCCUGGAGCAUUGACAGAUCCUACUCCUAAACAUCCUUCAGGAAGAACACCUGCUGACUUAGCUUCUAGCAAUGGACAUAAAGGAAUUGCUGGUUAUUUAGCAGAGUCUUCCUUGAGCUCUCACCUUUCUUCUCUCGAGUUGAAGGAAAUGAAGCAGGGUGAGAAUGUGCAACCUUUCGGAGAGGCUGUUCAAACAGUUUCUGAACGGUCAGCUACGCCAGCUUGGGAUGGUGACUGUCCACAUGGAGUCUCAUUGAAGGAUUCUCUAGCUGCUGUUCGUAAUGCAACUCAAGCAGCUGCUCGUAUUCACCAAGUCUUCAGGGUGCAGUCCUUCCAGAGGAAGCAGCUAAAAGAACACGGUGGCAGUGAAUUUGGACUAUCAGAUGAGCAUGCUCUCUCUCUUCUUGCUUUGAAGACAAACAAGGCUGGUCAACAUGAUGAGCCGGUACACACUGCUGCGGUGCGUAUACAAAAUAAAUUUCGCAGUUGGAAGGGAAGAAGAGACUAUCUUCUCAUCCGCCAACGAAUUAUUAAAAUUCAGGCUCAUGUAAGAGGACACCAGGUAAGGAACAAAUACAAAAACAUAAUAUGGUCUGUGGGGAUCUUAGAGAAGGUAAUUUUGCGAUGGAGGCGGAAAGGAAGUGGAUUGCGUGGGUUUAAACCAGAAGCAACACUUACUGAAGGAAGCAACACGCAAGAUCGACCAGUGCAGGAGGAUGACUAUGAUUUCUUAAAAGAAGGCAGAAAGCAAACUGAGCAAAGGUUGCAGAAGGCUCUGGCAAGGGUAAAGUCGAUGGUUCAGUAUCCUGAGGCCAGGGAUCAAUAUCGGAGGCUGCUGAAUGUUGUGUCCGACAUGAAGGAAACCGCGACUACGAGCGAUGGUGCACCAAGCAACUCGGUGGAAGCAGCUGAUUUCGGUGAUGAUUUGAUCGAUCUUGAUGAUCUAUUGGACGACGACACUUUUAUGUCUACAGCACCUUGAAUUCUGUGUUAAUAAUAUACCAUGUGUGAAUUAGCAUUUGUUACAUGGCUAUUAGAGUUGUAUAAAUAGGCUGCACUAACUAGUUUGUAAAUCUGAAACCAGACCCGUUGUGCAGAGUGACAAGGUAUUUGAGAUUUAAAGGUAGCGCAGAUUGUCAAGUUC